AUUCCAGUCCUAUCGUCAUCUAUCCCUUGUUACAGAUACAGUAUCUUUAUAUUUUCAUUUGAGAGAGGGAACAGUUCUCCCCACACCCAUCUUACAUCAUCAACAUGGCCUCUGAUAAAGAUGACACGGAAUCGAAAGAUACAAGCAAAUUCGAAUUCCCUUCAACAAUUGAUAGCGAUGCUAAAGGAGAUUUGGAUGAGUUAGCAAAGUGGUUUCGGGCGGCAGAAAUGGUCACCCAAGGAAAAAACACAUGGCGUUGCGUUGAUAUGGCAAGAUUUCAGAAGGUCUAUCCGCUGCUAAGCAAGUUGAAACUGGACAAAGGCUGCAAAUUUACCCUCUACAGAAUUUCUGGAUAUACGACGAUUCUAAAAGGACCCGGGUUUGACAAUCUUUUUUUUCCGCUAUUGGGAGCUGUAGAUAUACAUGGCGUACGCUUUGAGCCAGGGAAAUAUACUCGGUUUACAAGUAAUCAAGUCGUCGAUGCUCAGUUGGACUUUCUCAUUAUCUCAGUACCAGAAGAAGUGUCAAUGUCCAAUGAGAGCAGGCUGGAAUGAAUCGGUGUUGUACGGGCGGUUGGACUGAGGUAGAAUGGGCAAUGGCUGAAGCGGUUUCAUCUACCGCUGGGGA